CAAAUGUCCAACAGCAGCUCCAUCAGCCACUUCCUCCUGCUGGCAUUGGCAGGGACACGGCAGCUGCAGCUCCUGCACUUCUGCCUCUUCCUGGGCAUCUCCCUGGCUGCCCUCCUGGCCAACGGCCUCAUCAUCAGCGCCGUAGCCUGCGGCCACCACCUGCACACCCCCAUGUUCUUCUUCCUGCUCAACCUGGCCCUCACUGACCUGGGCUCCAUCUGCACCACUGUCCCCAAAGCCAUGCAUAAUUCCCUCUGGGACACCACCAACAUCUCCUAUGCAGGAUGUGCUGCACAGCUCUUUUUCUUACUAGUUUUCAUCUCAGCAGAGUACUAUGUACUGACCAUCAUGUGCUACGACCGCUAUGUGUCCAUCUGCAAACCCCUGCACUACGGGACCCUCCUGGGCAGCAGAGCUUGUGCCCACAUGGCAGCAGCUGCGUGGGCCAGUGGCUUUCUCAAUGCUCUGCUGCACACAGCCAAUACAUUUUCCCUGCCCCUGUGCCAUGGCAAUGUCCUGGACCAGUUCUUCUGUGAAAUCCCACACAUCCUCAAGCUCUCCUGCUCAGACACAUAUUUGAGGGGACUUGGGUUCAUUGCUUUUAGUGCUUUUCCUUUUUUUGGUUGUUUUGUGUUCAUUGUUUUCUCCUAUGUGCAGAUCUUCAGGGCUGUGCUGAGGAUCCCCUCUGAGCAGGGACGGCACAAAGCCUUUUCCACCUGCCUCCCUCACCUGGCUGUGGUCUCCUUGUUUGUCAGCACUGCCACAUUUACCUACCUGAAACCGCCAUCAAUCACCUCCCCAACCCUGGAUCUCUCCCUCUCAGUUCUCUACUUGGUGGUGCCACCAGCCCUGAACCCCUUCAUCUACAGCCUGAGGAACCAGGAGCUCAAGGAUGGCCUGUGGAAACUGAUGAUUCUAUCAUUUCAGAAAAAAUAA